AUGGCACCAGACCGGGGUUAUCGCGAUGACGAUGAGAACGACAACAACAACAAUCAUAACGACGACCACGAUAUCGAUGCCGCACCGGGUCGCAAUGCUGACCGCGAAGAUCCCAAACCAGCGCCGGUUAUUCACGGGCGCAGCUUCACGAUUCGUGGCGUUCUUGUUGGUCUGUUGGUCGGUCUAGUCAUUUGCUUCUCAAAUAUGUAUUUCGGCUUGCAGACAGGCUGGGUGAGCACAAUGACCAUGCCCGCCAGUUUGAUGGGUUUCGGUAUAUUCAAGGCUCUGGCACGUCAUCUGAAAUUUCCUUUCAGCCCCGUCGAGAAUGUUCUUGUCCAGACCGUCGCCGGAAGUAUGGCCAUCAUGCCGCUUGGAUGCGGCUUUGUUGGUGUCAUUCCCGCAAUGAACUAUCUCCUCACUGCCGAUGAGCAAGGACCGCUUAACAUCAGUCUCUGGAGAUUGAUCAUCUGGUCUUUAGGCCUCUGUUACUUUGGCGUCGUCUUCGCUGUUCCUCUGAGACGGCAGGUGAUCAUACGCGAGAGGCUGCGCUUCCCGAGUGGUUUUAGUACCGCAGUGCUCAUCGGCGUGCUCCACGGCCAGACUCGAAAGUCAGGUCCAGGCGGGUCAAAAGACGCCGUAUCUGGCGGCUUUGCAAGUCUCGUCCCCGGUCGUGAUGCCGAUCUCGCGACAGACUCGAGUCAAAGUCACAAUGCGACUGUUGCCGACCCUGAAAGUGUCUCCGUAGACGGUGUUUCUCAGCAGGACUGGACUGGGAACAUGAGACUUUUGCUGGUCUGCUUCGGGGUUUCGGGUUUCUACACCCUCUGCUCAUACUUCCUACCCGCUCUUCGCAACAUUCCCAUAUUCGGGUCCAAGGCGGCUGGAAUAUGGCUAUGGACGCUCAACCCGAGUCCAGCUUACAUUGGCCAGGGUAUUAUUAUGGGGCCCGAGACGACACUACAUAUGCUCUUAGGCGCUGUAGUUGGCUGGGGUAUUCUUUCUCCUUUGGCCAAGUACCAGGGCUGGGCACCUGGCUCCAUCGAUGACUGGGAAAAGGGAAGCAAGGGCUGGAUUGUCUGGGUCUCGUUGGCCGUCAUGCUUGCCGAUGCCAUCGGACCAAGGGCCUGUCUCAGCAGGCAUCAGAUAUGUGGCAGCGCCUUUUGGGGCCCCGAGAAAGCUCCCGGCAGGGCUAUUCGGCCGUCAAUACCGAAGAAGAUGCAGAAGCAAGUAUCCGUGCCGGCCGACGAGGACUCGAGAGAGGAAGAAGCAGACGCACCUGCAGACCAGCAGAUCAGUAAUAGUCUGGUCUUGAUAGGCCUUUUGCUCUCUGUCGUACUCUGCGUAACGACAAUUCAUAUCGUGUUUGGCGACCUCGUGCCCCUCUAUGCGACUAUCGUGGCCGUUUUGAUGGCACUUCUCCUCAGCAUCAUGGGGGUACGAGCGCUCGGAGAGACCGAUUUGAAUCCUGUCUCUGGAAUCAGCAAGCUUGCGCAGCUCUUCUUUGCCCUCAUUAUCCCGCAAUCACACAGGUCGAGUGUUCUGAUCAACUUGGUUGCAGGCGCAGUGGGCGCGCUGCAAGCCGGCGAUCUCAUGCAGGACCUCAAAACAGGUCAUCUUCUCGGAGCGGCACCCAAGGCUCAGUUCUGGGGCCAAGUGAUUGGCGCAACGGCUGGAGCCAUUGUGAGCGCGUUCGUCUAUCAGCUGUACACGGCGGUCUACACGAUUCCCGGUGACCUAUUCCAGGUACCGACAGGAUAUGUCUGGAUUUUCACUGCCAGGCUCGUGACCGGCAAGGGCCUGCCACCCAUGGCGCAAGAAUGGGCUUUUGCUUUUGGCAUAAUUUUCGCCAUUACAACGGUGGUGAGGACAACGACGACGGGGAAGCCGUGGCGAUCUAUGGUGCCGGGCGGUAUUGCUGUAGCAGUCGGAAUGUACAACGUCCCAUCCUUCACACUAGCUAGGACGGUCGGUGGCUUGCUGAGCUGGUACUGGAUUUCUCGGCGAGGCCAGUCCAGCACGCCUUUGAUUGUGCUUGCAUCGGGUUUCAUCCUCGGCGAGGGCUUCCUCAGCAUAGUCAACCUGGUUCUACAAAGCGUUGGCGUACCUCAUUACUAA